AUGGGGGAUGCUCAAUCUGACCUGACCCUUGGUCACCAAGACUUUGUUCCCCCUCAACAAGCCUCCAGAAUCACGACGAAUCACGACGAAUCACGGCCCCCCUUGCUUAUCCGGUCCAAAACCGGCAUGAUCAACGCCGCAGCAAAAUCGAAGCGCCCCAAUACCAUGCAUAUCACAAGGCCGCAAGACGGAUCAACAGUCAUUGGAGAGUGCCCUUCCUCCCCCAACCUUGGUUCGGAUACUUGCUGCUCCCGCGUGCUUUUACCCGGACUGCACACGCAGCUGCUGAAGAAUGAAGCCUCUGUCUGGAUUUUCAUCUUGUGA